UGCAAUGCGUUAUACAUUCGGCUAAGCGAAAAAAUGGCUAUGUAUAGUAACGAGACAGUCGACAACUAUCUUUAUUCUUCUUACAAUCCUUAUUCUUACAAAAACCCCAAGUUCAAGAGCUGGAGACAGAAAGCUUACUUCGCCAAUAGCGGUGAGGGCGAGAACUACGUCGAUAAUUACCACCGGGCGCAGCUCAAAUCCAUAUUGUCUCAGAUCAAUCCGAACCUCACCCCGCGUCUGAGGAAAGCCAACACCAAAGACAUCGCGGUCCAGGUUAACCCGAAGACCGACGCGUCCAUCCAGUGCUCUUUGGGCCCGCGGACCCUUCUGGCCCGGAAGCGUGAUGCGCUGCGCCAGCGGCGGCAGGAGGUCCAGACCCCCGGGAGUCCCAUCAGCGGCGGCGUCCGGUUCCCGCGCACUCAAGCCGUGUAUUCCCCGGUCGAGUCCAGGAGACUAGUGUCCCUCUUUAGAGAGGAGGAGGAGGAGGAGGACGAGGAGGACGACACGGAGACCGUGGACCGCGCUAGGAAGGUGGAAAGUGCCGAGAGAGACGAGCGCAAAGAGAGUGAGGAAAGCGUGAAGGAACCGCUUAGUCCAGAGAAAAAUGAAAACAAACAGACGGAAACAAAUGAGGAAACCAGAAACGAGCCAGUGAAAACCGGACAAAGCGAACCCAAGUCCAAGGCUCGUGUGAGAUUCCAGUUUUUGGAGCAGAAGUAUGGCUACUAUCAUUGCAAAGACUGCAACCUGCGCUGGGAAAGUGCUUAUGUGUGGUGUGUCCAAGGCACAAACAAGGUUUAUUUCAAGCAGUUUUGCAGAACAUGUCAGAAAUCAUUCAAUCCAUACCGGGUUGAAGACAUAACUUGUCAGACUUGUAAGAAGACUCGCUGCACAUGUCCUGUAACAUCACGUCAUGUGGACCCCAAAAGACCUCACCGGCAGGAUCUGUGUGGCCGCUGCAAAGGCAAGCGGCUCUCCUGUGACAGCACAUUCAGCUUUAAAUACAUCAUUUAGCACCGUUGCGCUCAGGCUUCAUUGUUGCCCAGCUGGAUUGUCCACUUCAGUCUCUGCAUCCUUGCUCAACAAAGACUGCUGUGGGAAAGCAGGUCCAUCAGUCUCUACAGUCUCAUUUGUUUUUGUUUUGCUUUAAUUUGAACUGUACUUGCAGUAACUGCAGGUGUCAAUUCUGAAAAAUAAAUAUGGCAAUUACUAGCACAU